AUGGCGCACGAAUUUGUUGGACCUAUGCCCGUUGAGGACUUCUUCAAGGCGUUCAUGAAUCCAGGUCGACCGUACACAGAGCCAAGUCUUCCUAAACAAUGGAGAGGGAAAUUUCGGGCCAAACUCAUCAAAAAACUUGGAUUCGAGAAUAGUUUUAUCAAUGCGGUCAACAGAGCCGAGAUAUGCCCCGAUCUUGUCCUAGUCAACACAACCAAGGAAAGAGACGAUCAAUUUUGGCGUAAACCAGACAUCACCGUCUAUAAACGCCCAUACAAUGGCCCGCCCACUACAGACUUUGAGCGCAUGGAGCUUCACAUCGAACGCAAAACUGCAAGCGAAGACCCAUUUUCGGACCCAAAAUCGAGAAAAUCUCGCCAGGAACACAGUUUCGAGCAUGAUUCCAAGGCCUCGAUGAAGAGUCGAGGCCAAAUCAUCUCCUACACGGCAUGUCAAUUCGCUUCCCAACAUCGCUGCUUCACCUUUUCCAUCCUCUUUCUCGAUGACUAUGUUCGAUUCAUACGUUGGGAUCGUGCAGGAGCUAUUGUGACGAAGCGCUUGGCCUGGAGGGAUGACCCGAAGCCACUCGCGAGGUUCCUGUGGCUUUUCAACCACCUCUCCGAUGCAGAACGGGGGUAUGACACCUCCAUAUCGAAGCCUACGGCCCGAGAGAUUACGUUGACGAAGAAGAAACUUGACGAGCGUGCAAACGCAUUGGCGAGGGCGAAGGGAGAACCCUCACGUCUCCCUGAGACACGGUAUUCGACAGACGACUCGUUUCGCAAGUUCUGUGUGGUGGAUGACGACCCCGAGAUAAAAAUGGGUAAAGCAAGAGUACGAUUCUUCGUUGCUUCUGUGCCCCAAUGGCAGAGUGGGAGCCCGGUCGGAAGGGGCACGAAAGGCUACGAGGCGCUAGAUCUGGAGACGGGGGAGUUGGUUUAUCUAAAGGAUACUUGGCGAUAUGAAGCGGAUAAGAUGAAGAAAGAGGGUGACACAUAUCGGAAGCUCGCGGCGAACGAUGUCUCUCAUAUCCCCCGUCUUGCAUGCGCGGGUGAUGUGGAAGGACAACGAACGCGCACACAUGAUUUCACUGACGAGGACUGGUGCUGCGGAGAACCAGAGGUGAGGCAGCAUAGACACUACCGGCUGGUAUUGAAGGAUCUGGGGCGCCCGCUGUCAAAGUUCAAUUCGACCAAAGAACUAUGUCAAGUUCUUUUAGAGGCAAUAAUAGCGCAUAUGGAGGCAUUCAAAGUCGAUGUUCUCCAUCAAGACAUCAGUGGAGGCAACAUCUUGAUCACGGAUGAUGGUCACGCCCUCUUGAUUGACUGGGAACUCGCAAAGAGGGUCAGCGAGGAGAAAUCACCUAGGCAAGAUUGGCGAACGUCGGACAUUUUCAGGGUACAUGGCAGUUCAUUUCAACCGCCAUCCUUGAACAACCUAGAAAGGUCCAUGAACUUCGAGACGACCUAG